GCAUUUGUUGACUAGCCCUGCUGUAUGGUAAAUGUCCUGCAACCCUCAGAUGACGUGGUGAUAUUCACAUACGCUGGUAUUCAUAACUGCAAACGAUUGUGGAUACAUUGACCAGAAGAGGGCAGCACUAUAACGAACACUGGGGGCAACUGAGCUUUGUCUCUCACUAGUCAGAAGAUUGCAUCGGAAGUGGCUAGAUAAAGAGGGAAUGCUCUACUUACUUAUUUGAAUAGCGGGACAUAGAAAUAAGCCAUGAUGAUGUGGCGAUAAUGGAAAUGGGCGCACGGAUCAGAUUUGUUAGAGAGCUCAACGCGGAUAACAUCGGCGGUGUUUAAGACAGAUCUCUGGAUUCCGUGUUAAAACCCGCGAGAUUCCUCUACCUGGACCAUACUAAAAUGAUGCAUGGAGACCACAUCCCAUUGUAACGCGCUCGACAUUGCGGUCGUACAGAAUAGCUAACCAGAAGCGGAAAGGAGCAUUUGGAUGCACAUGAAUGUAAUUCUGAGACUGAUGCAUCUCUGUUAGCCUCUCUUCCGAUCUGAUCGCAUGAUGGAAAGAGGAGGAUAACGGUAUUCAAAAGGUUUGCUAUUGCUCAUAAUGGAAGUGACACAGAUAUAAUAACGGGUCAGUGGUGAGCACGUGUUUUUGGACUAGUUGUUCGGGAUUUGUGUGAUCAGAUCGGAGGAAUGAUGUCUUUAAGAUGUCACAGGAGCAAGUCUGUAUGGGCUACUCUGGCUGUGCUGGCGUUGUGCUGGCUCUACAUCUUUCCAGUGGACAGGAUACCCAGCGACAAGGAGAUGGUGGAUGAGAUUCUGCGGCAGGGACAAACAUGGACCCGAAACCAAACGGGAAUAGAUCUGUACAGGAAGCUGCUCACAGAAUGCUGUGACCCAAAGAGGAUGUUUGUUUUGAGUAAAGAGAAUUCUCCAAUUGGGAAGGUCUUAUGGUACGACGGGGAACUUUACCAUUACCACAAAGUCAACAAUGAGACGUACUCAUUCUUUAUUCAGGUAUUGUCUGUUUUAAAAUCUGUAUAAAGUUAUCUUUAGGUUGCACCUUAUGCAGUGAUUUAUACCUACUGUGUUUCACAGUAGUAGACAUACUGUACAUAGACCAUUGCUGUGAUGGAUCCAGGGCCAGAUUAACACUUCACUGUACCCGGGGCAACAAUAUUCAAGGGCCCCAUCAUCACGACCCCAGGAUCACCAUAAUCUGGCAAAAUACAGAAUAAAUUACAGUAAUACAGUAAAUA